UAUCCUCCCUGCCACCCCCACUAUCAAUGCACACUCCUCUCUUUCCUUCUUCAAUGGUUCCCGAACCCAGAAAUUCCCUUCUUCUUCUCCCCUUCGCCUUCGUCUUCCUCACCCUCUCUUCGGCUACCUCCGACACCCAAACUCUUCCCGUCAAAUCCCUCCCUCAUCCGCCCACCCUCUCAUGGCCCGAAUCCGAGCCCGAAGCUCUCCAAUCGGAUCUGGAAUCUUCUCUUCCCAUGUCUCUUCAACUACACCAUGUAGAUGCUCUCAGUUUUAACAAGACCCCCGAUCAGCUCUUCAAUCUCAGGCUUCAGCGAGAUGCUCUCAGAGCCAAAUCUCUCAUCUCCAUGGCUGCCCGAGCGCGUGCCCAUAAUGGAACCCGUGGUCCUGGGUCGGGUUUUAGUAGCUCCGUGAUCUCGGGUCUAGCUCAGGGCAGUGGCGAAUACUUCACGCGUAUCGGUGUAGGGACGCCUCCGAGGUACAUGUACAUGGUGCUGGAUACCGGAAGCGACAUCGUUUGGCUCCAAUGUUCUCCCUGUAAGAGAUGCUACACUCAGACCGACCCCGUUUUCAACCCCUCCAAAUCGAGAUCCUUCGCCGGAGUACCUUGUGGGUCCCCGCUCUGCCACCGACUCGACUCUUCUGGGUGUAACAGGAAGAAGAAGGUCUGUAUGUACCAAGUUUCAUAUGGGGAUGGUUCGUUCACUGUUGGCGAGUUCGUCACCGAAACACUGACGUUUCGAGGGACGAGGAUGGCGCGAGUGGCUCUGGGGUGUGGCCACGAUAAUCAAGGACUCUUCGUCGGUGCGGCGGGUCUGUUAGGCCUCGGAAGAGGGAGGCUAUCGUUCCCGGCUCAAGCUGGCCGUCGGUUCAACCGGAAAUUCUCGUAUUGCUUGGUGGAUCGGUCUGCCUCAUCUCGGCCGUCUGCUAUUUUGUUCGGUGAAUCUGCUGUUUCCCGAACUGCUCGUUUCACUCCUCUUCUCAGAAACCCCAAACUCGAUACAUUUUACUACGUGGAACUCCUCGGGAUGAGCGUGGGCGGGACGCCGGUCCGCGGACUCUCGGCUUCGUUGUUCCGGCUCGAUCCAGCUGGGAACGGAGGCGUCAUCCUUGACUCGGGCACGUCGGUCACUCGGCUCGCCCAGCCGGCUUACAUUGCCCUGAGGGACGCAUUCCGAGCGGGAGCGUCCACCCUGAAGCGAGCACCGGAGUUCUCGCUUUUCGACACCUGCUACGACUUGUCAGGGAAGACGGAGGUGAAGGUGCCAACAGUGGUGCUACAUUUCCGAGGUGCUGACGUGUCACUUCCAGCGACGAAUUACCUGAUCCCCGUGGAUACCAGUGGGACCUUCUGCUUCGCCUUCGCCGGAACUGCGGGCGGUUUGUCUAUAAUCGGAAACAUCCAGCAGCAAGGGUUUCGAGUGGUGUUCGACUUGGGGAGUUCUCGGGUCGGGUUCUCACCGCGUGGCUGCGCGUGAGGGAUCCUGAGAUAGUGAGGUGAAUUAUUUCGUUCCUGUGUUUUCUAAUUAUUUCGUUUAUUUUAGUCUUUUUGAGAUCUUGCAGUUUUUUCCGGAAAAAAAAAUGGGGAAAGAGAUGAUGACCAAAUUGGGUAGCAUACGAGGAUGUCUCUGUCUAUGGCUAAGGCAAGUUUGUUUGUUGUAUGAUUAUUAAUAAUUAAUUAUGGGAUUGUAUA